GUUUUCCCUCACAUGUAGGGUAGGCGGUGGCCGAAGUGGUAGCGUACUGGGCCCACAUUCACCGCGUGAUGGACGACGCGGGUUCGAAUCCUCACGCUACCACUCGGAUUUUUCGGUCACCGCCGAGUGGCUUAAAACUACCCACAUGCUGUCCUGAAGACCACCCAUCAACCCGGACUCUAGAGGAAGCCGUCCAAGCGAAUCAAGAACGAGUUCCGGGGGGCAGCAUGAGCCAAUGCAAGAUGGCGCCACUAUAAACACUCGCCUGCGCCAGAACGGGCUGGGCCGACCAUCAGGCCCCACCUGGAAGAAGCCUUGGGCCGACCAUCAGGCCCCACCGGGAAGAUGCCUACCGGCGCAAUAGGCAACAACGUAAAAAAAAAAAAAAAAAAAAAUGUGGCGACCUCGCCAGGAUUCUUGCCUUUAGACAUGUCUGAUUAAUUGUUUAAUCUGUUGUUCCAGUCCCUUGGAAGAAUUACAGCUUUGAAGUCGCCUUGAGCGCGCACUCACUGUCUGAGGCCCGGAAGUGAGUUCCUUACAGACGUCCUUUCCUGUAAGUUGAUGUUUUUGUGUACUGUUUUGUAUACUUUUUUGUACACUGCGAGUAAUCUCUUUUAUCGCUUCAGUGUCAAGACUGACAUAUUUUCUACAGUCUUAUUACUGCCGUCCACGUUGUGUUUGUCGGCUGUAGCGAGGUUUUGUUUCCUUAUGUUUUGAUUGUUAUGGUAUUUCUUUUGUGUAUUGGUAUUUCUUCAUUUCUGUUUCAUUCGUCUUUACCAUGACUUCCGUCGAGGAACUUAAGAAGCAGGCUGUGGAAUUAGGCUUCUCGGGAACAGACGUUGGACAAUAUGUCACCCAGAUGCAGGCCUACGAGCGGGGAGAACGAGCCGCGGAGCGACAAGAACGGAAAGAAAAAGAAGAAGCGGAGCGACAAGAACGGAAAGAAGAAGCGGAGCAACAGGAAAGGUUAGAACUUGCUCGACUUACAGCUGAAACUGAGCGAAUGCGUCUGUCCGCGCAAAGUAAGCCCGCCACUCUCACCAUCCCUGAGGCAGCUGCUCGUCCCAAGUUGCCAGCAUACCAGGACGGAGAGGAUAUAGCUACUUAUCUCACUCGCUUUGAGAGAGUAGCGGAACUGUUACAGCUCGACCAGGAUACGUAUGCUGUCAGGUUGGGGUGUCUGUUGACAGGAAAAGCAGCAGAGUUGUACGUCACUCUUUCUCCUGAGAUUACCAGUGAUUAUGACGCGCUGAGAAUGUCCUUGCUGGCAGGAUUCAAGAAGACUUCAGACGGAUAUCGCCUCGAUUUCCCCUCUGCCAAGAUUAGAGACGGGGAAAAUUAUACUGAGUUUACUGUUCACUUAACCCGUCUAUUCCAGAGCUGGUUGGAGGCUUCUAAGGUUCCGGCAGAUUUUGAUUCCUUGAAGAAAUUCAUGGUACUGGACCAGUUCUUGGCUUCUUUGAGUCCUAACCUCCGCACUUUUAUCAAAGAGCACAGACCCUCGUCUCUCGACAGCGCAGUCCAGCUAGCUGAUGAUCUGACCACGGCACACUACUCCAGUCGAUCCUCGGCCAAACCUGCUCCCCGACCCUUGAAGCCCACGUCGAAGACGUCACCACCAGCUCGCACGUCAUCCACACCGACUACCUCCUCCACCAUCAAGUGUCAUGGCUGUGGUGAGUUAGGCCACAUUAGGCCCCGGUGUCCCAAGAAUCCACGGGCCUUCAAAGAGAGUCCUCCAUCUCAACCUUUCACGGUAGGAUUUUGCCUCUCUGAGCACCGUGUUCCUCGACCCUUUGUUGCCGGUACUGUUAAUGGAUCUUGGACCUCUUCCAUCUUUAGGGAUUCUGGGUGUACCUGCAUUGUCGUGGCCGACGAAGUUCUCCCUGAUGCCGACCUCACCAACUGCCGCCGGUGUCAAGUGGCCGACUACCUGGGGCGGGUUGACACCUUCCCUGUUCUCCACUGUUACGUCAGUUGUCCCUACUUUGAAGGCUGGACUGACGUAUUCCGGGCUCCCAUCAAGUUUGCCAGCGUCUUGAUUGGCGAUGUCCCUGGGGUACGGGUCCCUAAGGAGCCAUACCCUGCCUUCGACUGCGGUCCUCAGCCUCCUGCUUCUGAACCCGCUAUACUUCCCUCAUCCUCCAACGUUAUUACACCUCCGGCCCAAAACUUUGCCAAGUCAGCCCCUGUCUAUCCUGACUCUCUAGUCUCUUCUACUUCCCCACAGGUGUAUGUAGUAGAGACUCGAGCCUCGACGGCUAGGAUGAAGCGCCUUCAUCCCCUUCAUCUUCCUGAUCUCCAGCCACUGUCCGUCACCCCUGAGGAGUUUGGUCGUUUUCAGAUGUCCUACGAUACUCUGUCCGUCGCACGAGCCAAAGCUGCAACGGGAGAGAUCGACCAAGUUCGCAAAAACUCCACCUUUCAGUUCCUUUUCCAAGAAGGACUCCUCUACCGGAAGUGCCUUACUUCACGGCGUCCAGAGAAGUUGGGAAAAUUAUGUUUGGUCGUUCCACGUAAGUGCCGGCCCAUCGUAUUAAAUGUAGCACAUGAGAACCCUUUAGCUGGUCACUACUCCCAUCGCAAGACGGAACAGAAAGUCGCCGAUCAAUUCUUCUGGCCUGGGAUGGGUACUGACAUCAGAGUACACUGCCGUUCUUGUGACAAGUGCCAGCGCUUCUCUCAAAAGGGGCGAGUAAGACCAGCCCCCCUUCAGCCUAUGCCCAUCGUUGCCGAGCCCUUUGCUCGUGUUGCCAUUGAUCUGGUUGGACCACUCUCCCCUCCUUCCUCAGCCGGACACGGGUAUAUCCUAACUCUCAUCGACUUUUCCACAGGUUUCCCUGAGGCCCUGCCACUAAAGGGUGUCGACUCUAUCUCAGUUGCUGAAGCUCUUCUCAUUAUCUUCUCCAGAGUCAGCAUCCCUCGUGAAGUUCUGUCUGAUCGUGGGACCCAAUUCACUUCAGCCCUGAUGCAAGAACUACAUCGACUACUGGGGGUCAAACCGAUCUUUACUACGCCUCACCACCCCAGUGGCAACGGUCGCAUUGAAAGGCUGCACGGUCCCCUGAAAUCCAUCCUGAAAAAGUACCAUCGCAGGGCCCAAGUUCAGUGUAUACAGGUCCUGGAUGAAGUUGCCACCCUAGAAGCACUCUCGGCGCCUGGGAAAGAUGGACCCGCAGUCAUCGAGGAGCAAGUUUCCAACGAAGUUUUUCAGCUCCCGACGACACAGAGUUCCUUAGAGGUCCCUGCUACCGGAAAGCUUCAGGUAGGAGAAUCCCUCACCUGGGACCAGAACACCAACAUUGAAGAUCUCCUCAGAGAAUUUGCUGAUGUCUUUUCAGAUGUUCCAGGUCACUGCACUACCCUAGAACACGACAUCACUCUCACCACGACCGACCGAGUCCAAACCAAGGUUUAUCCCGUCCCCGUUCAUCUUCAGCCAUCUUUCAGACAAGAAGUCGAGACUCUCUUCCAGCAAGGAAUCAUCCAACGCUCGUCCUCUCCUCACUGUUCUCCUGUUGUGAUGGUAAGGAAACCAGACAAUUCCUACAGAAUGGCUAUUGACUAUCGCCAAUUAAAUUCCAUCACAGUUUUUCAUGCUGAACCCACCUGCAACAUUACCGAGGAUUUGCAUAAAUUCUCAGGAUCCAAGUAUUUCAGCGAUUUGGAUAUGUGCAAGGCGUAUUACCAGGUACCUCUAACAGACAACGCCAAAGCUCUCACAGCUUUUCCAACCCACCUAGGAUUGAUGGAGUUUCGCCGCAUGCCCUUCGGUCUCUCUACUGCCUGUGCUACCUACAUACGCCUCAUGCGCAUUGUGCUUGGUGGGAUCUCUAACGUCUCCUUCUACUUCGAUAAUAUUUUUGUUUAUUCAAAGGACUGGUCCACGCAUCUAGAAGCUCUUCGAGGAGUCCUGGAACGGUUGAGGGAACAUCAUCUCACCCUCAAGCCAUCCAAGUGUCGUUUCGGAGUCCCCUCCAUUCGUUACCUUGGAUUCAUCGUCGACGGGACGUAUCUUCAACCUCAGCAUGACAAGACCGAUGCCAUCACCAUCAUGCUUCCACCUACCACCAAGAAACUUCUCAAAGCCUUCCUUGGGCUUGUGUCAUUUUACCUCAUGUUUAUCCCGCAGGCAGCUGAAUACACCGGCCCUUUGUCAGACUUGCUCAAGAAGAAUGUUCCCGAACCGUUGGCUUGGAGUGAAGACUUGUUGGUGCGGUUCAAACACCUCAAGGAUAAGUUGGUCUCGCCACCAGUGCUUCGUCUGCCGAACCCGGAUCUGAUCUUCGUUCUGAGGACCGAUGCCUCCAGCCGCGGGAUUGGAGCAGUCCUUCUGCAGUACUACACUGACUGUCCACAUCCCGUCGCCUAUGCCAGUCGGAAGUUACUCGACCGUGAAACAAGCAGAUUCUUGUUUGGGGGGCCGUGUGAGGGGUAACUACGCCCUGCCGGCCUUGUUAAGUCUGCCGGCCUUGUUAAGUCUGCCGGCCUCGUUCCGCCCUGGCUCCUCCUACUUCCGAGCCGACGUCAUAGCCCGGCUGGUGGGCUAAGGCAGACACCAGCUCACCACCACAGAGUGCACACCUCGCCUUCUCAACCUCACGCUGGUCCUUUGUCUCACUGGGAAAGCUGCGUGUCUGGCCUCCAUGCUGCUUCUCCCCUGGCUGUACCGCCCGACCAAGUCACCACUGCUGUCUCCCACUGCACUCCAGCCUAUGGACUUCACAUCCCUGGCCUUUAGCUGAGAGGAUUACAACCGGUGCUCCCAACCCCGGUGACUCAGCAGGCCAACCCCUUUUGCACGCUACA